AUGGAAAUGGGGAGACAUGGUGCGUUCUCAGCGGAGCGACACCGCGAGCCCGCGGCGACGAGCAGCGAUGAGCUCUCCGGUACCCCGCUGGUGUGGGGGUCGUCGACGAACUCGACCACGCGUGGGUGGCGGAAGGUGCUGUACGAACGGCAGCCGUACGAGGACAACUACGUCGACCCUGAGCAGUUCAUGCAGGGUCUCCGACAGAAUGUGAACCUCAAGACGUAUGAGUACGGGAAAGUUGUCAUGGACACUUUUGUCAUUGUGCAACAGCUGUCUUUUGUCGUGUUCUUUCUCUUCGUGUUCGUACUGAUAUUGUCGGAGCGUGUUGACGCGUACGCGCUGCUGUCAAUUAACGCGACACUCUUUGCGCUUUCAUUCGUCUUUUACGUGCAGUUGCAGCGUCAGCAGUCGCUUGAGUGUGGCAAAAUCCCAACGCCGCUCAUUCAGCACGCGGUGGAGCUUGGAAGACAGGUGCUUCCAUUGGUUGCAAUACUCAUCCUCGUCUCGCCCAUACUGCAAACACUAACGGUCACAUACAGCAACGAUACAAUUGUCGCACUUAGUACCUUCGCUAUGUGUCUGCACGUCUUGCAAACAGACUACAACUACCUGAAUUGCUACACAAUGAAGUACCAACAGAAUAUGGCAGUUAAUGCAGCGACAUUUGCCACCAUUCUCGUUGCCUCACGCAUACAAAGUCCGUUUCAUAGCGGUGCUCUUAUUGCGUUUGGUAUCUUGUGCUUUACAUUGUCACCUAUUCCAAGGCAUCACGUCAAGCGUACCUCUUUGACAGCGCACGUGGGUCUUACGUUUGCCCUCUGCGGCCUUGCUGCGGGCUGUCUGAUGCUGGUGCCAAUGCUUGCGGUGGUUUACUGUCUUCUGGUAGUGGCGGUGUCGGUGGUCAUCCCGUGGUGCUUCGUGACGCUGCACGGUAACAUGAAAAAACAGAUUAAUGGCCCAUGGGACGAGGCGAAGCCAAUCAACAGUGCUGCUGCGGCUGAAUGGGCAAACGCAGGUCUGCUGCGUUGA